GACAGUUGUACAGAAGUUACGAGGCUAUUAUGGCGACAUGGGGCACAAUUAAUGCCUCGUGAGUGUUAACUACUCGCAUCUCACCGACAGCAGUAAACUCCAGCGACCUCACAUGCACCACUGCACGAUGUUCAAAGCAUCUUGUCCUUGUCAUGGCGCUCAGUCAAACAACUUGUGCUGCCUGAACAUCUGCACUGUUGGCGGGCGGGAACAGAUAAAAUGAUUCUACAGUGUCUAAAAAUAACCUUCAUCAAGCUGCUGGCGCUGAUCAUCGUGGUGCUUGUAGUGCUUCUGACGAUCUACACCAACACUGAUAUCAUCGCCUUCCUUACAAAUAAAAAACAAGAUAUCAUCCCCUCUUGGGAUUACCUCCCCUGUGACUGGAGUGUGGACAAAAUUCCCCGCCCCAUGCGCCAUCGCGCUGUCCUGGAGUGUGGCAUCUCCACCCGGAUUUAUUACGAGGAGGUGCCAUUCAAUACUACACCGGCGGUGACGACACUGGAGUCUCACGAUCCCUGUCUGGCUCACCUGGCGCAGUCCACGUGGUGCAAUGACCCGGGGAUGCGCGUGCCCCGCCUCGUGCACUACGUGUGGUUCACACGACACACCCUGCCCCUGUACACGUUCGUCAGCGUGCUGAGUGCUGUUCGCCACGUCAGACCCUGCCUGGUGCUGUUUCACGGUGACGUCAUCCCCGAGGGCCCCUACUGGCGCGCGCUGCUGCAGCUGGUGCCCAACAUCGUGCACGUCAGAUCCCAGAGGCCGCGCCAAAUCUUUGGUCACGUGAUCGAUGUUGUAGAACACAGCGCGGAUGUAAAGAGACUUCAAGUUCUUCUGGAAUAUGGCGGGGUUUACCUUGAUACCGAUUCGGUGGUUCUCAAAUCCCUGGACCACGUACGAAUCCAUCCCGUCGUCAUGGGAACAGAAGUUAGUGGCUGGAACUUAUGUAACGGCAUGAUGCUGAGCGAGAAGAACUCCACUUUCCUACAACUGUGGUUAGCCACGUACGUGGAUUUUGACGAUUCCCAGUGGGCUCAACACUCUACUCGGGUUCCAUACCUGCUGUACCUCCAGAAACCCGAUCUUGUGCACGUCGUUGACUCCUUCUUCAGACCCAACUACGUGGACAUCGGCAAGUUUUAUCGGAGCGGCGAGAUACACCAGUGGGACGACUUGCUGGCCCUGCACCUGUACGUGAGGUUCCACCUGAAGUUCUUUGCCGAGGGUCAAAGUGCCAUUCAGACAAACUGCACGAUGGGAGAAAUCCUGCGAUAUUCCCUGCACGGUGCUAGUGAUGCUUGUCAGCUGACCACACUGAUAAGUGGAAGUGACGGAAUUUCUAAAAAAAGAAAAAAAGCAUGAUUGACAGAAAUAUAGUCAACUAACUUAAAUAACCUGACAUCAUUCUUUAUGUACUUUACUCCUUUAGCUGCUCACAAUAUGUUUCUGUCAACACAACUUUUCAACUUUGGUUAUUCUGCUUGUAUGUUUUUAGUUCGUGAACUCGUUAGAAGUAAACAUGUAGCACUCUUAUUUAAUUUCUUUUCUAGCUACAGGUUAAUUUAUCUGAGUUAUUAAUUUAUGGGAAAUUUAGCUGGUUUUCAUUUUUGUUCAGCUGAUAACCAGCUGUAACUAAAAUCUAGCCUGUAACAUAUCUUGGAAAUAAUGAGCAAUGAUUAAAAGGAGAUGAGAAAAUAGUAGUAAGCGAUUAGCACGAAUAAGUAAUUAAUGUAUUGCUUUAUAUCUUAUGAUUAUAUUUUAGUACGGUCUGAUAUUUCCCUUUCAGUGUUAGUAGCGAUGUUUGCGAUAUAGAUAUAUAUUGUUGUUUCACAUCAUCUAAUUAGUAUAUGCAGCAGCAUCAACUGAUGGCAAUAGCUGGAAUGAGGACAACUUAGGUGUGCUUUUCUUUAGAAAAUAAUGAUUACUGUUGUUUUUUAUUUGUUGUAAAUGUCUAUCGUUCAUAUUGUUAAUUUACUGAAUUAAUUUACAAUAGUGUUGUGGUGGAGCUUUAUACAAAUGUUUAUUACCAUCACUAUCUCCGUGUCGGCAAGCAGGUGUGGAGGAAAACUCGUCUCCGCCAGAAGAGGCGGUGUCUCAGCGAAGACGUUGUCAGAUGGACCAGCGACCCUGCGCAUGCGUAGUGCAGCCGCGCUGACAGGACACGUGUCUGCUGUGUGCAACCUCGAGCUGUUGAUCUUUAUUUAUUUCUUUUCAACUAGAAUGAGAUCGAUCAAGAACUCUUUUCUUUUUCUUUAAGCCGAUCUCGGAAAGUGAGCUUAGGACCAUCAUACUCCAGUCCAAACCCACAACUUGUCCACUGGACCCAGUUCCCACCCCACUGCUGGUAGACAGUCUCGACAUCCUGCUCCCUGCCCUCACAGAAAUAAUAAAUGAUACCUGGUCCUCCACCAGACUCAAAGGCAACAUUCAAAUGUUCUCUGAAAACAUAUCUGUUCACUAAGUACUAUCCCUGAAUUACUAUUCCUAACUCCCUGGCAAUGGUGUCUGGCAUGUUAUCAUGUAACGACUCCAUCUGACACUAUUUAUAGUAUCUACAUCCCUUCAUACCUUCAUCCAUUGCUUCACGCUCUACUGCUGUACCUCAUCUUUAUGUUGUUCAGUGCCUAUCCGUACCUCAC